AAAAUUUGAAUCGAGAUUCGGGAUUGUUUUGAGAAACAAAAUGAAAAUUCAAAAUUUAAAUUGUAAAACAAAGCAAUGCGUUUGGUAGAUAGUAAUCAAUAAUGGAAAGCGCAGAAGAACUCACAGCGAGGCGUCUGGAAAACCGAACUUACCGGCAACUUCAACAAAUGGCUAAAUCCAUGGGAUUGCCUUCCAAUUUUAAGAAAAUCUACUUGAUAGAACUGAUCGUAGCUAAGAGAUUCAAAUCUGAUACAGAGGUGGUUGGUAUUAUCCACAGGGUUCGUCAAGAGCGCCUUUACCAGUCUAAGGUUAAAAAGAGAAGUCAAUUGAGGAAAAUUAAGUACCAAGUCUCUUCACAAAGGAUUCCCGAACCAAGAAACUCAAUCUGUUACUCUCCACCAAUCACAGUAACACCCAAACGUUCUAGCAACGUCGACAUGCAGUACAGCCCGGAAAUAAUGUGCAAGGCUAUAGUACCCAUCAACCCAAAGAGGAAUUUAAUGCGUAACAUCACCAAUACUCAAAAUACUAUAAUGCCUCCUAUAAGUUCUAGUGACAGAGUGCUACGCAGCUAUAAUAUGAAGACUUUGAAACCUAACUAUGCAUUAAUCAACAAUAAUAUAGAAGAGAUAAAGACUCAAUGCUGUUCUGACACGGAGAGAAAAUUCAAAAUUAUCACCAAUAGAGGCUUUCCGCAGUUUAACGUCAGAGCUAAAUGUUAUGUGAGGAGGAAUAAGAGCUUGCUUGAAGAUAAUUCGAGGGCUCUUUUGAAGCGGCAAUACAUAAUACCACAUGGGCGGGAUGUAACAAGGACCCCUUUGCCAGCAAAGCGCCAGAGAACAAUAAGCGGUAUAUACCCACUUAACCCUGAAGAGACAGUACCGAGAAACCUAGCUACUAACCAGAGUGUGUGUUUACGUAAAACAGAUGGUAGUUACACAAGAAUCAAUGCACUAGUGCAGAAAUGUAAUGUGAAUGUUAUGAAGAUAAACAACAGAAGUAGAAAUCCAGAAAUAAAUAUCGAGGAGAUUAUAGAUAAAAUUGAUAUCAACAUGCCUGAGGAUUUGACAAAUGAAAAUAAUAAUUAUUUGAAGAUUCAGUAUCCUAACACAUCUGGUUUGGAUUUAAUUACGAGUGAUUCAAGUACUCAAAUAGCUUUACAUCAUCAUUUUAAAGAAAAUGAUUUGUCAUCGGAUACACAACUACUGGAGUAUGAAAACAAAAGACGGACGGAGCAGUUGAGAUGUCAGAGGAUAUGGGAUAUGGGUAGGCAGAAGUUGCCAAAAAUUAAUGAUGCCUUCUCCAGAUUUAGUAAUGUACACUGGAGGGAUCCAACCCAACCAUUGUAUGUGCAAGUUGGUACAGAACUAGAAAAUGUUCCAAUCCACAUGAACACCCAGCCGACGUUGGAAACCGUAUACAACAUCAGAACAACAGCACCGCCCACACCAAAUGUCACCAGACCAUUCAACAGCACUACGUGCACUAAUUGUGUUGACACCAUAAGAACUUAUCCUACUGUGGCCUUGUUCCAGUCGAAGUCGGCACCCGCUAACGAUGCUUUGAAUGUUAAUUCGUUGAUGCUGGAUAAUAAUAAUUAUCAAUAUACCUUUAACUCUGACAUGCGUCUACAAGAAUUUCUGCAACUGCAACCUGCAAUAGGGAGAAACUAUGGACCAACCACAGAUUACAGUAGCUCGUCGUCAGUAGAUACUAUGGACACUUCCGCCAGUAUUCCCGAGAUGGUGGAAGAUGCGCUCGAGAUUAUCAGUCAAGAUGGGGAUUACAUGGAGCGGAUGGGUAUGAAUACGCGCAUUCAAUGCGUGCUUUGUUCUUGGGCUGGACCCAAGAUCAUACUUGAAGGUCAUAUACGAAAGGCACACACAGAAUCCAUACAUAAACAGUAUAAAAGCGAAUGGAAUACAACGUAUACGCUCGAGAGCUUGGUUCAGUGUCGAGUCUGGUUCAACAGGGUCAUAGAGUACGACUCUAUGCUCUACAUGCUAAGUGCGAAGUACGAAGAUCCUGGAUGCUUUAUGGCUACGUUGACGUCGCUAUCAACGGAACCGGAGCCGUCGGAAAAAAUCGUUUCGAUAACGUUGUACAACAAAAUCACCGGCGAGCCGUUCUCGUGGACCGGCCACAUACCCACUCUGCCCCCCAACUUACCAUACGAGAAUAACGCUAAGUGCCUUAAAAUAGACUUGUCCAAACUCGAUCUUCUACCGAACAGUGCGAACUUAAAACUGAUAAACAGGGAGUUAGUAACUCAAUCGCCUAACAAAGUCGUGGUAGGUCAUCCAUCUUUGAAUGACAUUCAUAUUAUUGUGUUUGUUAGGAUUUUUAAUUAAAUAUCUACUCUCUAUCUCUAACUCAUUUAGCUGGUCUAAAUGAAGAACUAUACUUUUCUUUAUGCUUUUUUUAAAAAAAUGGAUUAUACAAUCCAUUUUUUUAAUUCGCCAUAUAUUACUUUUACAUAAGUUUGUAUAUAACAUUAUAUCUCGUCAUAUCAACCCAAUACCGACCCACUACUUCUUAAAUGAGAAUGGUCCUUAGUCCACCACGCUGGCCAAAUGCGGAUUGGUGGACUUCAUGCGCCUUUGGGAAUAAUCUUCAAACUCUUACGCAUGCAGGUUUCCUCACGAUGUUUUGAUAUUUAACAUUGAAAAGUUAAGAGGGUCGUGACGGGAUUCGAACUCGGACCUCCGAAGUCCUCACCACUAAGGCUAGCACCGAUUUUGUAUAUUUAGUUGUUUAAAUUUAAAUCUAAUUUUUCAUACAGGAUUCAUUCUUUUAGUGUAGUAUGUUUGUAUUUAAGAAAUUAGUCUUGUCGUAGUUACCUCAAAGAAAUUAAAUAUAAAAGCGGUGAUAGCUUAUUUAUCACUUCGGCUUUCCUUUCGGGGCAGCCGGGUUCGAUCCUCGCCAGCAUAAUUUUUUUGGUCAUUUGUGCUUUUAUUAAAUAUUUUAUUCAUUUAUUAAUAUUCUGUACAUACAGUGGCGUAGCAUGAACUAACUUAUAUGCGACGUGGGCAGAGUUAUAAAGUAUUCGGCAAAAUUCCCCGCACGCUUUGGCCAGCUUAAUUUUUUUUUGUCAUUUGUGGUUUUCUUUACUAUUUUAUACAUUUAAUAAUAUUCUGUAUAUACAGUGGCGUAGCAUUAACUAACUUAUAUGCGAUGUGGGCAGAGUUAUUAAGUAUUCGGUGAAAAAUUAUAAUUGCGUGGUGGGCCGACCUUACCUUAACCCAUCUCAUUCUGAGAUUAGAU